AUGGGCAAAAAUGGCAGGUUUGGCAAAGACUACGGAAAGGUCGUCGGGAAGGACUCACCAUCACGACCCGGCUGGAAAGGUCCUGGAUACGUCAAGAAGGCUGAACCUCCAGCAAAGGCGAAGGCACCGGUAGCAGAGAGCACCAAGGCCGCCUCGGAAUCAAUGAUACCAAUCGAGCUACAGCAACUUCUUCUCAAUAUUUUCCGGAAUACAUUCCCUGGGGUUCUGACAUCAGGCACGCUCCAACCUCUUUUACAAGAUGUGAAGGCAGCGCUCUAUGAAAGGGACUUUAGCAGAGCAUUUGGAAAGCAGGAGUAUCUCGAAGCCUACUCAGUCAGAUGGAGUCCAAGCCGAGCCCUCUGUUAUUCUUCAAUUUUGGUAGAUCUCCAAAAGCACAUGACGGAAUUAAACAAGUCCACUCUGAAGGUGGUCUGUUUUGGAGGAGGUGCAGCCGAAGUAGUUGCUUUCGCAGAAGCAAUGGCCAAUUUGUCCAUGGACGACAAAGGGCCAGAGAUUGAUCUACUACUUGUAGACACGGCUCAAUGGGGUGGUGUUGUCCAGAUGCUCGAUCAAGCCCUUGCUACACCGCCACCACUAUCAAAAUAUGCAAGCUCCUCGGCCAGGGAAGCGAAUUCCUCCCUUAUUGCUCCUGGAAGUAUCGUCACAACUUUCCGCCCCGAUGAUGUUCUCGGACUGAGCCAAAGUCAACUUGACGAUAUUGUGGGGAAAGGACCAAUGCUCCUUACACUUCUAUUUACACUCAAUGAGCUUUACACGACCUCCAUCGGAAAAACAACCGCCUUCAUCUUAAAUCUGACCUCAUCUACCAAGCCCGGUACCCUACUGCUGGUUGUUGAUAGCCCUGGAAGCUAUUCGGAAACGGUAGUUGGCACAGAGGCAAAAAGAUACCCUAUGCAGUGGCUACUGGAUCACAUACUUCUUGGGACUGAGAAGACCAGAGGCGAAGAGAGCGCAGCCAAUUGGUUGAAAGUCUUUUCUGAUGACUCGCGUUGGUUCAGAUUGCCUGAUGGUUUGCGGUACCCGAUACCUUUGGAGAAUAUGCGAUAUCAAAUCUCGCUCUACCGGCGACUGUAG